AAUGCACUAAACGACUCACACCAGCAGUUGAUGGUUCACUGGGUAGGCGAAGGUUCAAACGUAAUUAUCUGUUUGGCUCGCGACAGUAACCCUUUGCCAAGGUCGCCUUUGGGUGUUCAACCAGCAAGUCAAGCCAAUCCAAGUGCCGUCUAUUUUAGCUACGAUUACGGCGAUAAUUUUGUCAACGUCACCGAGAAAUUCAAACUCAACGAUGGGGCUACACCCGUGUAUCCCGUUAUCGACAAGUUUUAUAAUCAUCCGACUGAUAACAAUGUUAGUGUUUUUACGGAUAGUACGAAUAAAAUGAUCUUCGUAACAUCCGAUCAAGGAGUAACAUUCGACAAAGCAAAACUUGAAUUUAGUCCUAGUGAGUUGAACUUUGUCGACAGUCCGAAUCUUGGAAAUAAAUCAUCGUCGUUUCUUGUAUUGGAUAAAACAACACACGAACGAAAACUAUGGUUAACGACAAAUGGUAUCCGUCAAUGGACAGUUCUUCACGAAUUCGUCAAAGCAUUCUUCUGGACGGCAGGUUCAUCAAAAUCUCUAUUAAUCCAACGUCGUGAACCAACCGGUGACUACAGCGUUGUCGACUAUGGUAGUAACAUACAAAAUUGGCGUCAUCAUACUUUGUCACGUACCUAUCAGCUCGUAAUCAACAACAUCCAAGAAUUCCAAAUCCGUGGUGAUUACAUGUUCGCUACUAAAAAGUCGGCCAACAGUACUCUCGGACUCGAGCUAUGGAUCUCUUACAAAAGACAAGCUUUCGUCAUGGUACAAUUGGACAACGAUUUACCAAGAAAAGAAUUUCAUAUCGCUGAUGUGUCGAAUGACCGGAUUUUCAUCGCUGUAGCUCAUACUGAAACUGUUGUCCAUUUGUACAUUAGUGAGAAAAUCGAUAAUAAUACGAUCAGAUUCACAGAAUCGUUAAGGAACGUUCUUACCUUCUUCCCUAAUAACACCUGGAAAGAUAGCUGGUUAAAUGAUGUAGCCGAUGAAGCAUUUACCGAGCUGUACAAAGUGGAAGGUUUGCGAGGAAUCUACAUCGCAUCGCAAGUACAAGGAACACCAAAGAUCAACAGUAUUGGUCCGGAACAUUUAAUGUCUUUAAUCACUUACGAUCACGGUGUCACAUGGAACAAGAUUAAAGCUCCAGAAACGAAUCACAAAGGAGCACACAACCAGUGCAACCCGGACAUUUGUUCGCUACAUCUUAGUCAGAAGUUCAGUCAACUGUAUCCAGUGUCACGUGCAGCAUCGAUCAUGAGUUCAAAAUCAGCCCCUGGAAUAAUCCUGGCGACUGGUGUAAUAGGUACAAGUCUCAAAGGUCAUCCAUCGUUGUACGUAUCGAGAGAUGCUGGUCUCACAUGGAAACAAGUUCUGCAAGACUAUUAUUUCUUCAAUAUGGGUGAUCACGGUGGUGUGCUCGUUGCUGUUAAGUAUUUUAAGUUGAGAGGAGAAACUCGAGAUAUCUCGUACUCCAUUGACGAGGGAGAGACUUGGCAAACAUUGGAGUUUACGGAAAAGAUGCUCAGGGUUUACGGACUUAUGACUGAACCUGGUGAAAACACUACCAUAUUUACGAUGUUUGGUUCGGGAAGUGGACAACAUCAGUGGCUCAUUAUCAAGGUUGAUCUCAGAAAAGUUUUCGAUAGGAACUGUACAGAUGAUGAUUUUAAAUUUUGGUCGCCUUCGACUCCAUCGGACAUUUCAUCAACCUGUGUGUUAGGCCGUAAAGAGAUCUACAAACGUCGCAGUGCACGAGCUAAUUGUUACACAGGAGUAAAUUUUGAUCGACCAGUAAAAGUAGAAAUAUGUCCUUGUGAUACAGGCGACUACCAGUGUGACUUUGGCUUUACUAGGCAAUCGAAACUACAAUGGCCAACUUAUGAUUGCAUCCGUAACAAAACCAUGAAGUCUUACGAUCCAUGGGCAGUACCGAAAGAUUGCAAACCUGGUCAAUUUUAUAAUCGAACUAAAGGAUACUUCAAAAUACCAGACGAUCAGUGUAUCGGUGGUCGAGCUAAACUUUAUGAACCAAGUGAGAUUCCUUGUCCAUUGAAAGAAAUGCCAGAGUUUCUACUAGUAGCCCAACGUGAGCGAAUUUCAAGAAUUGACCUGAAAGAUCCAAAUGCAAAAGUGGAAAAUCUUCCAGUACACAACCUCAAAAACGUCAUAGCUAUCGAAUUUGAUAUGCAAAAUAACUGCCUUUAUUGGGCCGAUAUUGUGAUUGAUACUAUUGGUCGUCAAUGCUUUAAAGACGGCAAGAGUUAUCCAGAAAUUCUUGUAGAAACCGAUUUAAGCUCGAUCGAGGGUAUGGCUCUCGAUUGGGUUUCAAACGUCCUUUAUUUCGUCGAUGGUGUAAGAAUGAGAAUUCAAAUUAUCAGAACAGAUAUUUCAAUGGCCGGAAGAAUGAGAAGAACAAUUUUGGGACCAAAUAACCUUCAAAAACCAAGAGGAAUCGCUGUUCAUCCCGUUAUGGGAUACAUGUUCUGGACAGACUGGGCACCUGGGAAUGCCUCUGUUAACAGAGCCAACCUCGAUGGCUCAAACGUCAAAGUAUUAUUCCAUGACAAAGUUGAAUGGCCCAAUGGUAUUACGAUUGAUCACAUUGGUGAACGACUAUACUGGGUUGAUGCUCGACAAGACUAUAUUGGUUCUUCGGACUACGAGGGCAACAACUUCAAAAAAAUCAUUCAGAACGACUAUCACGUAUCGCAUCCGUUCGCUGUGGCCGUAUUCAAAGACCAUAUGUACUGGGACGAUUGGAAACAGUCUAUGAUCUUCUACGCUGACAAGGAUCAUGGUGCAGGUGUGACGAGUACCAAUGGACAGCUUGCUGGACUUAUGGAUUUAAAGGUUUUCGCACAUAGCAUCCAAACCGGGACGAACAAAUGUGCUAAUAAUACGCAAUGCACGCACAUAUGCCUUGGCGCGCCAAAUGAUAAAUUCGUUUGUCUGUGCCCUGAUGACAUGAUUAUGCAGGAUGGCAAAUGUAUGUGUCCUGGGGGUGUUGCACCGUACGCUAAUUCAACUUGUCCACGUGUGCACAGUACCUGCGCUCUCAAUCAUUUCGCUUGCGACAGUGGCAUUUGCAUACCUGAAUUCUGGAGAUGUGAUGGUGAUAAUGACUGUGGCGAUCACUCUGAUGAGAAUAAUUGUAACAAAGUCAAGUGUGCUUUAAAUACCUUCACAUGCGAUGGUGAUAAGUGUAUACCUAAAUACUGGGUCUGCGAUCUCGAGAAAGAUUGCAAGGAUGGGAAGGAUGAGGUAAAUUGUACCUACACUAACUGCACCGACUUGCAAUUCAAAUGUGAAAAUGGCCGAUGCAUCUCACACCGAUGGAUUUGCGACGGCGAAGACGAUUGCCGUGACGGUUCCGACGAAAAGAACUGCAGUACAUCUAUUCCUCUAAGCACUUGUAAAUCUGAUGAAAUCUCGUGCAAAUCGGACAAUAAUUGUAUUCCGAAGACCUGGAAGUGCGACGGUGAGACUGACUGCGAGGAUGGUACCGACGAGUCAGACUGUACUAGUGUCGAGUGCGAAGUGUGGCAAUUCGAUUGCAAUGCCUCUGACAGAACUCACCGUUGUAUCUACAAAUCUUGGGUAUGUGACGGCGAUUCUGACUGUCAAAAUGGUUCGGAUGAAGCAAACUGUACGUCUUCGGAAUCUCACUUGCCAGUACCAACGCCAACUCUCUUGCCUACUAAUUCUUGUAAUGAUUGGAUGUUCACCUGUAAAAACAAGAAAUGUGUACCAUACUGGUGGAAGUGUGAUAGUGUAGAUGACUGUGGUGAUGACUCUGAUGAAAUUGGUUGUGGUUUCUCCGAAGUUCCAUCUGCUCCUACCACUCCUGAGGAACAUCCACACGUCUGCAGGGAAUUUCAUUUCCAGUGCUUUAACGGAGAGUGUAUUGAGACUUCUUGGAUUUGUGAUGGAUCUAAAGAUUGUGCUACUGGAGAGGAUGAGCUUUACUGUAAUAAUGGACCAUUCAGCUGCAAGAACGAUCAAUUUCGUUGUUUCGUCGACGGAUCUUGUGUACCUCUGACCAACAUCUGUAACGGAAUUGCCGAGUGUCCAGACGCUAGUGACGAGAGAGGCUGUGAUCAUCACCAUACAAGUCCACCAUCUACAUCUUGCCCAACUGGUUACUUUCCUUGUGAUGGUUCCAGAUGUUUCCCACAGUCAGCUUAUUGUAACGGUAAACAAGAAUGUUAUGAUGGUUUCGAUGAGAGUGACUGUGAAAAAAAUACUACCAGAGUUUACCAGGUUCUCAAUAUUGGAGUUGACGAGCGAUCGACAAACGAAUCGAGUAUCAUUGUGUUCUGGUGGAUGCCAAUACCCACCAACGUGACCUUUGAAUUCAUGCCUUCGAUUGCUCUAGCUGAAGCUGGCGCUACUUGGACGAAUGCUAGCAAAUGGAUCGAAGACACCGAGUAUCAAUUUAAUCAUCUUGAACCUUAUACUCGCUACAACACUACCGUUUACGUAAAAGUUAAGGGACAGCCAACAAUAUUCCCCCCAGCAAAAUACUUGCAAGUAACUACUGGUGAAGGUCAACCAAGUGAACCGUGGAACGUGACAGCUGUACAAAGGAACGGUACACGUAUCGAAGUAUCGUGGCAACCACCUAUCCACCCCAAUGGAAUAAUUACCGGUUACGAUGUUUUUAUGUCGCCUCCAAUACCACCAGCACCUAUGCAUCGCCAACCAAAGACUUCUGUUAUAAUUGACGACAACUUUGUUGCUGGGAACAAUUACUCAUUCCGUGUCGUAGCGAGAAAUAAAGAUCACGAGUCCAACCCAUCAGCCAUGGCAAAUAUUACCUUCGACGGUUCUGCCAACAUCGACAAUAUCGAAGACUUGAAGGUUACUGACAAAACGAAUCAUUCCGUUACGCUUAGUUGGAAGAAGAUCGACGCUGCUGAUGCUUACGUUGUCACUCCACGUGGUCCACUCUCUUAUCCGGCUUUAGAAUCGAGAACAACUCAGUCUAAUAAUUUUGUCGUCGAUGGUUUGGCACCAGGAACUCGAUAUACUUUCGAAGUCAGUGCUAAGAAGAAGGAUUAUGUUGGCAAGACCAGUUCUAUUACGGGAAUGACCAAAGAUCAGCCUUUGCCAUCGGUGACGAUUUUGGAACCGCAUCUCCUUAAGUCACAUGGUACUACUGUGAAACUCAGUUGGGAUCCUCCAAAGGGUACUAGAAAGAUCAAGUGGCAAUAUGCUGUGCAUUAUGCUCUUAACAUGCAAGAUCUUUACAAAGCUCCUAAAUUCGUCACAACAAAUCAAACCGUCACAAUUCGUGAGUUGGAAGCUUGCGAAUGGUACAUAUUCGCAGUCGGUGUGAAAGGCGACUACGGCGCUGGACCUCUCAGCCAACCAGUGACUGUUGCCACGCAUUUUAAUCCCAAAGCACCACCCAAGCGACUAAAGAUAAACCGCGGUGAGAAACCCGACUCCAUGAUCGUCUCGUGGAGUUCAAGCUGCCAGACAACCGAUGAAGCAACUGCAUACACAUUAACUGUCACCGAGAUGGUACUCAAUAAAACGUUGGUGUUCACCGUGGCUCCAACCAACGAAACAAUGCCAAGACAUCCCUUCCGAAUCAAAUACGGCGGUCGUUACAACAUCACUGUAGCAACCGAUGUCGAGGGUGCGAUACCAAGUCAGUGGGUUGUUUACAAUGCACCGCCAUUGCCACCACCACACCAAAUCGCAGCAAAUUACGAUCAAGGCAAAUACCUUGUGAACUGGCAGAAUCGAAAUUUGCCAGAGAGUAUUGCCAAGAAUAUCAAGUAUCACAUUGAGCUUUACGUGAAUGAAGGUACAAAAACUGUCAAUGAAUCCACUGCAACAGUGUAUAAAGUUGAUCAACCACCAUUCAUACUGGAGAACGUGAAACCGGGCAAGAAUUACGCAUUUGCUGCCAGAAUUGUCACCGAUGAAGGUUACAAGAGUUCGCUCAGCGAAGUAUUUGUUCCUUUCCAGUCUAAUGCUGGUGAGCUUACAGCACCGAUAAACACCUCAAGCAUUGUGACUAUUGCCGUACCGAUUUGCCUUCUUGUGAUAGCUCUGGGCGUAGCUCUCGCUUACUUUGUUGUUAGGAAUCGUAGAUUGUCCAAUAGCUUCACCCAGUUUGCUAAUAGCCACUACGACACUAGGCGAGGUCAAGCUACUUUCCCUGGCACUGUUGAUGCUGGAUUAGGUGAAGAAGAUGAUAAUCCUGUGAUCCGAGGUUUCUCUGAUGACGAGCCACUAGUUAUAGCAUAAGCUCAUGAAUUACGUAUGUAUCGCUGUUUAAAUUCUUCAUAGAUAAUUCGAAGAAAAAGCGAAGACACUACUAAUCGAUAGAGAGUUUGAAAAAUUUACAGAAAGAAUAUAAACGUACUGAGACUAAAGAAGUGGAAUAAACAAAUAACAAUGGAGUUGCGAGAUCAAUUACACACGCGUUAUUUCUAGUCGUAGUGCGUCGACGAUGCCUAACAAUUGUGUAUGACGCUUGAUCUCGCAUUUGAAAAAAUAUAUUGCGUUGCUAGUGUCGAGAAAUGAAAAGAAUGAGUGAGUAGCGAGAACUGUACUACAGCGUGAUCCGCCGAAAUGCAUUCAGAUAGGUUAUUACAUGAUUACGUAUAACUAAGAAGUUUUUUCAGAUUUACUUAUUCUAAUAAAAUUUGGAAUUCUUGGCGGAACCGUAUUGGUGCUUCUCGACUGUAGACAUUCACGAUGCCAUAAUUAUUAUUGUACGUAAAGGCGUAUAUGUUGGAUAAUUUUUAGCUUUCUAACUGUUAAGACUUUCUACUUUUUUUUAAUUUAUAACUGUCUAUUCUUAUUCCAAUUAAAAAAGUAUUGUAUCGUUUUCUGUAUCGUCCUGUUAUUUUUUAGCGUUUUCUCGCUGCGUCGUCUUUUGCCUGCAACAAACUUUACGUUUAUAUUUUUGUUGAGAUAAAUUCCACAUGUUUUUUCUUUGAUUAUAUCAAUUUACUCAAUUGAUGAACUAGAUUUUUGGUUUCGACGUUGCGAUUCUCUUCUUUAUUUUUUCUCUUUAUUUAGUACAACAUACGUACCUGUUCCUAAAUAUACGUGCAAUGCGCGUCGAGUGAAUGUUGUAAACUCGUGUAUUGUCUCUAAUAAACAAUUGUAUUUUUUUAACAUUGCAUCUUGGUAUUGGGUUGUUCUGCAUGUACACGUAUAGUGAACAGUACUAGGCAUCAAUUAACACUUUUAUUUUAUUUCAAUCGACACAUCAUGUCAAAAUUACUUUUUUAUAUAUACAUCGCGAAGAUAAUGUGCUGUCGAAUAUUAAUUCGAAAUACCUAUACGAUGAAUAAAAGUUAUUUUUUGUAUAUCAAAUUGUCGGAAGUUUUUUUCGUUGAUUUGUAAAAUACGGUUUAAAGAAAGAUCAUCUCAUUUUAUAAUAAUAAAUAUUUUUUAAUUAAUUCUUUAUUUGUCUUAUGCUCAGCACCUGCAUCUACCAUUUGUUUAUAUUUUCUUAAACUAUUCAAGAUUUAUAUUCACUCUGUUUCCAGCUGAAAUGUUUAUUUUUAAGCAACAACGCUUUUGUACCAUAAUAAACUUUAACUAAUUAAUAUUAACAAUUUAAUUACGUGCUCUUUACUAUUGAUGUAUUUAAUAUACAUAUGUCUAAAAAAAAUUGGUAUACUAAUAUUAACGUUAUAUAAAAAAUGUGAUUUUCCGGCCAAAUUAAAAGUUUAUUCAUAGACAAUAUGACGAAAUUUAAUAAAUUAAGGGUGCCUGUUUUCGCUAUUUCCAAAAGUUUAUAGACUUUAAGUCCUAAACGCAAUACUUGAUGUCUUUGUAAACAAUUUAUAAACGUGUCAUUUGUAGUAGAUUUUUGAAUAUGGCUACGUAUUGUGCUGUGGUUUUUCUACUCUCGCAUUGGAAUAAUUUUGACAUACGACUAUGAGUAAUGUGAUGGAAACAUCAUCGUUUCUUUCGCAAGAAUAGAAUUGUUGAAAUUGCUUUCACACUUUUUAUGCCAUUUGAUUAUUAGCAUUUAAACGACUGAAAAAUUUUUUUGCAUCAAAGCUAAGCAAAUAAGAAUGCAAAACUAAUUAAAGACUUUGAUGUUUUGUAAGAGAAAAUUUUUCCUAAUGAUAGGAAAGACUGAGUAUCUUUUUAAAUUGUAACUGCUAAAAGAGACAAUGCAAAAAGAAAUUCAAAACUUAUGAUGAUAAUAAAUGUAA